GGCCAUUUGCCCACUCGUGAAAUGGACAGUCUUCUUACAGUCGUGAAGACGGUCACACCUGAUCGAGAAACUCUUAUCUCGGCUGCUGCCGAGCCGUCACAAUCUGACAUCACCUCCGACAAGCGGGCUACAUCCGAACUCGAUCGGGAUGCCUCGUCACCUGAGAGUAUACUAGCGCUUCUCAAGUCUAAGCCUGACCAGGAUCAGCUCACUCAAACUCUCGCAAUAAUUGACCCUUCGAAUAAGAAAGCUAAAAUAGAAGGUUUCGACAUACGUGUUCCAGGUCCCAAAACAGCGCAGAUCCUCAAUGUCCUGGUCACCGUCACAAUUCCCAAUCACUGGGAUGCCCUUCAUGCGGAGUCCAGAAGAUCCAAGUCGAGUUCGAAGCUGCGCGCUGCCUUGCUGAGGUGUCUCAGUAGCGUCGCAGGUAUCAGUUGCCUGUUGACCCAGCUUCGCUCUCUCAUCACCGCCUGUCGGUCAUCUGCCCAAGAGGCGAAUGCAUCUGGCCAUCAGCUUCAGACUAGAGGCAUACUGUCAGUGAUAUGUGCUUUAUUAGAGCCGCAUGAUCUAAUGUAUCGACUAUAUGUUGAUAUUGAAGCUCUUUACCGCAACUCAGUCCAGAAGCAAGUGGCAUGGAGGGAGUUGCUGUCUCACGUUGCCGCUAGUAGGAUUCUAUCGACUGCUGCGGAAGCGAUAUCACUGAUCAAAGACCUUGAUGGAGUUGACUCUUUAUCUUGGGUGGGAGAGGGGCCCAAGUACGCAUCCUGGAUUGGCGCAAAUAUAUGCCAUAUGGCCUCGAAUAUAGCUCUCGAUAAGGAAGAUGCCUGGAAAUCUGUGGCUACGUUGACCGGACGAUCGUUGAGUCUUGGGUACACUGACCAGCUGGUACGAGAGAUCUAUUUGGGACUACUUGUUCAGGAGACAAAUUUCCAACAGUAUGGCCUCCUAUUCAAUCAUCUCCGGUUGAAUGAGCAGAUCGCACUUGCAGAAGCCAUUUUCAGGGAUAUUGAAAAGAAGCAUUUCUCAUCGAUCAUUCCUGGUGAGACAGAGGGUGUAUCUCAAGAAGUGCUUGGUUCUGUGGCAGCCUUGUGCGCACUGGUCAUAAAGGACCGACCGCAUAUACAGGCACAGAUUAUUGAAUGGCUUUCAAAGGGGCAGGGUGGCUCCAUACACUCUGCCGAGCUACGGCGCGCUCUAAUAGCAGGCUUUGCUCAUACGACAGAUCUGAUGGUCUCUCUGGUCACGAAGAGUCUCGGACAGUCCGGCGACAAGUUUUACAUCCAGCAUACGCCAAUCAGAUGUCAAGAGGCAAACACUCAGGUCAUCCUAUUGGCUUGCGGGUAUCUCCAGCAAAGCGAUCCGCUCGAGGUGAUGCGUGUGGGACGGUCCGGGAUAUUUUUGAGCACUGUAUCGAAUCGUCUGGCAGCUUCGUCUGGGCGAGCUCGCUUUCUCGGGAUGCUCAUUGGUACCGCUAUCUCGCAAUUGAUAGAACCAGCAGGCAAAGGUAUGAAGUUUGACCUUGAAGAGAUGGAAAGUAGCGAAGCAAUGUGGUAUUUGAGCCUGCUCAAUACACAGGACAAUGUUGGGACACUUGAGUCAAUCAAGCUCCUUCAAAGAAGCACACCACCAACGCAUCAAACACACGCACAUAAGGUCUCUUCCGCAAGGGGAGCAGGCUCCUCGAAGAAAGUCAACACAAGAACAGCCAAGAUCCUUGCGAUUGAAGAAAUCGAGGACUCCGAGGAAGAAUCUGAAGAUGAGGAUCUCGUCCCUUACGAAAAGCCCGACGAAGACUUUUCGGACGACGACGACGAUCCGACAGUGGUUCAAAGGAACAAACCAACAGCACCAGUGUAUAUUCGCGAUCUCAUUACGUAUCUACGAGAUACGGAGAAUAUCGAACGCUUCGAGCUAGCCGUCUCUACUGCUCCUUUCCUGAUACGACGCAAGACAGGGUUUGGUACUGAGCUCGCUGAGAACAUAGAAGAAUUAGCUCUCGUGGUGGUGGGCAUGCAGGAGCAAGGAAAACUUCCUAAAUUCCAUGAAUACCAGCUUCAAAGCAUGAUCGCGUUGAUAGUCUCGCAGCCGCUGAAAAUGGGCCACUGGUUUUCGGCGCUAUUCUUCGACGGAGACCUCUCUCAACCUCAGCGUUCUGCUGUCCUGACCGCACUAGGCUUGAGCGCUCGCGAGCUAGCUGGCAACGGCGAAGCAGAUGCCAAAGUCCUCGGCCUUCCGACCUUACCAGAUGCCUCAUUUCCGUCAAGGAAGUUGCCAAGCAGCCUAGAAGCCAUUUACUUAACAGAGUCGCCUAUCGCAAGCCUCACUAAAUCCCUGUCGCAGGCUUCCCUCGAGCCCCUCGCAGCUAGUGCCGAAGAGUCAUUAUCUGGUCCCAGCGCGCUGAAGGUGCGCACAUUUUCCACCCGAAUGGAGGUGGAAAAGAGACGCCAGCAGCGCGAAGCCCAGCGGCAGAAGUCGACGGUCAAGGAUCUGUACAAAGUGCUGUCGCAGGGAUUCUUCUAUCCUCUGAAGGGUCGUUUCGAAAUGAUGAUGCUGCAGUUUGGCUCAUCGACUGCUCCCUCCUACAAUCCAUUCUACGUUCCCCAUCUCCUGUGCCUGUUCGUCCAAACGCUCACCCUUGUCGUCUCGACUAUGGGCCCUCACACACCGUAUCUACCCAACGUCACCGAAGAAACACUGUCGUUCUUACUGUCGCUCCACGGCCGCCCUCUCGCCGAAGACCCAGGUAUUCUAUCUGCGCUUCUCUCGUUGUUCCUCGCAGUCGUGGAUCUGAACGUCGCGUCCGGCACAACCGGCGAGGAGCGGCUGGUCACCGAGUUCGCGACUCAAGUUGUGGAGCUGCGCGACUGGGUGGGGGAGGUCUUCGAGAGGACACCUGCCGUGCAGGAUUCGAGCGAUCCACGAGAGCAUGUGAGGACGUUGGCUGCGGGUGUUAUGGUGAAGCUUGGGGAAGUGAUGGAGAGAUACCAGGGAAGACUGAUGGGUGUAAACUCAGGAUUUAGAUAUUAGUUGCGUCGCU